CUGUCAGCCAACUUGAUUUAUUUCAUUCUGUCAAAAUCUGCCUUCUUACCAGAAUGUCUUGUAUCUGUACAGAGGUCUUCAUGGAAAGAAUGGUGCUUCCUGUGCUGUCAUAACAGGUUAUAAAAUAGCUAUAUUUGCAACAGCUUUUAAAUUCUAGGCUUUAGAAGAGUAUUUAAUUUCCAGAUGCUUUCAGCAACUUCAUUUGAUAUGGAAAAGAAGACAAAUGGCUCUGUGAAUUGCAAAAUGUCUGUAGAAAAUGGAAGACCUCCUGACCCUGCUAACUGGGCUGUUGAAGAUGUUGUUAGCUAUUUUAAAAGAGUGGGAUUUGAAGAACAAUCUACUGCUUUUCAAGAACAGGAAAUUGAUGGAAAAUCUCUACUACUGAUGACAAGGAAUGAUGUAUUAACUGGCUUGGCAAUAAAACUGGGUCCAGCUCUGAAAAUUUAUGAAUAUCAUGUGAAACCCCUACAGACACUACACUUACAAAACAACUCCUCAUAGAGCAUCUUUAAAUUGGGAUCAUCUUGAAGAACAGUAUGGCAGUGAGUUUGAUUGUGCCGAGUGAAAUUCCACCACUAACAUGCUUCAGCAAAACGAUAGCGCUAAACAGGUUGUGCAGCCUGUGAGGAAAUAAGCAGAAAAUUUGCUGAAUUAUGCAAUGGAAGUUUACAUGCUGCAUUUCACUAGACGUAUUUUUUAACGGAAUGACGUCACUUAUAUUGAAGACAAUGAUUUUACCAAGAAGCCUAUAAAACUUAAAACUGCCAUGAGGACAGCCACAUCUUAAAGUGCAGAGUACAAGGCAGAGCCUUGGCUAAACCUUUUAAUUUCUAUGAACGUACAGCAUCUUUGCAGCCUUAUAUUCGAUACCCAUGUACCCAAGCAACUAGUUGAGUGAGAAAAUGUAUGCUUUAGAAAUGUAUACACACCAUGUUGCUCUAAUUCAGACGUUUGCUAUAGUAUUAUUGUUUCCAAAGACUUGUAUUUCCACAAGAUGUUUGGUAUACAUUUUCAGUCUUGGUUUUGAAAACAAUUUUAAAAGAAGGCAGUUUUAUAUUAUCAGAUGUUAUUUAAUUUUGUUGACAUGACGUUCUGUGACUCAUUUGCAAAAUAGUUUUGGAGUGGUUUACUAAUUCUCCCAAUCCUUCACUUUUCUUUGCUACAUUACAAACUUUGCCAGGGAACUAUUAAAGUAUUUUACCACUUGACUAGCUCACAGACAUAUACAAAUAUUGGAGGAAAAUUUUUGAUAAAAAGUCUAAUCACUAUUACAUUGUGUAAUGUGCAGGUUGGGGUUCAUAGACAAAUGUUGUGAGCUGUAGAGUGCUUAUAAUCGGGAGCUCACUUUGUAGGACAGCUCACAGCUGGUGAGAUGCAUUGCCCAUUGUCUUUGAAUCUCUGUACCUUUUGUGUGUUCAUUAAUUAGCAUUGUGCAGUGCACUAAUUGUCUAUGAAGCCCAGCCACUGUAAUGUAACUGCUGCAGGUACAGAAAAAAUGAGCCUUAAAUAUGUGUAUGCUUUCAUUACAUGGCAAUAAUAUCUUAUAAUUUACCAGUUAGUAGAACAGCAAAACAAUUUGGCUGUAUAAGAUCCACUAUUUGCCCAGCAUUGCUAUGGAUUCUAGAAGGUGCAUUAUCACUCUUUAAGUUUUGAAAUGCACAUUUGGUGGAUGCAUGGACAGAGUGUGUGCCUUGUUUAUGUAACAGCUUUGUACUGUGUACACCCCCAGCUGGGAUGCAUUUGUGCAGUUUGUCUUGCAUAAGUUAUAAUGUACUGCAGUAGCUCUGACAACGUUUAGCUACCAGUAGUUAAUUUAACAGUUUAAAAGCUUUGUGAGUAGCCUUAAGGGUUGCUGGACUGUUUGACAUGAACUUUGGGUAAAAAAAAAACAGGCUAAUUUGUCUAAAGAGAUUAUAUUUAUCUGCCUGAACACUGGAAAAUAUCAUGUAUAUUUUCUGAUAUAACCUGAGACAUCUUCACUUCUAAGUUCAUAAGUGUGCACACUACUUGAAAAAAUUCAGUAUAUUAUUCUAUAUUGUUUGCACAGCCAAAAUCUAUUAACUUUAAUAAUGGUUUGGAAUGGUCGCAUGGUAAGUGCAAGUUUUGUAGUUAUUGAUUUCUGUUUUGAAAAGUUCAGUAGGAUGAAAAACAGAAUUGUGCCUAGAUGUAUAAUUUAAUAUAAAUUAAAAUCAGAAACUGAACACAAUUUACUUUAAAAGGAAACAAUUUGGCAUGCAUUAUUGCAUUAAAAUUCUCAAGUAUGACUUAUGCUAAGCUUUAAAUGAAAAAGAGGAAUGUUUUAGUAUAUACAGAUUCUGAUGUUAUGUAGUCUGUUUUCUGGUGAUAGGAAUUGCUGUUUGAUUGAAGGUAAUUACAAAUCACCAACACCCUAUCCUUAUUUAGUACAAACUUAAUUUAAAAGGGGUUGUGUUGCUUAGCAGUUUUCCCCAGAAGUAUUUUUAUGGAGUACUUAAAGCAUGAAGGUUAAGUCUGUUUCUGCCCCGCUCACUCACAGACUGUGAUACAGGCUGGCAGUUUUGUCAGAACCGAUGUCAUGAUCUGCCUAUACAAAGGCUGCCUACCUUCUUCCUUUACUAUGUGCAUGGAAAAGUAUUAAGAUGCAAUUAUUCACAGCCUGGGAUUUAACACCUUCAUUCUGCAGAAUGUCUACAGUGUGCUUCCAGUUAUUAGGGUCAGACAUUGGCCAAAAAAGCAUACCACCAUGGGGCAAGAAGGAAGCCCUUCACAAAUUCAGGCUGUCUCACACUGGAAGAGAGCCUCUGAUAGCAGAUAGCAAGCACUUUUCUGCCUGGUGGUCUACCUGCCCCCAUUCGUUUGCUUCUGUUAAGUUACAAGCAGCCUACCUCUUUCAAACCUAUGUCGUAAAUACAUUUAAAUAGAUGUCAUGCACUUUGCCCGAUUGUCCUUAAUCUGACCUACAAUAAUGCUGUCUUUGUAAUAUGGCACAUGAUAGGCAUUUAGUUUCUGAGCCAUGCAUGCUAAUAGGCCAGCAUUAUUAUCAAACUUUGCAAAGCUGUUUUACAGAUAUAGAUUUUUAUUAUUAUCAGCACUUUAUACUUAGGUGUCGGCACAAUUAAGCCUAGGCACAUCAUAAAGUUUCAUAUUUUUCAGUGCAUUGAUAAAAUGUCUUAAAGUAUCAGUUUAUUUAUACUGAUUUUUUGAUGCUUUGCAGUAUAUGUAACAUAUGAAAGGAUGGCUUUGGGAAAACACUAUAGAAGAGCUUGCUUUUCAGUUAGCAUGGUUAUGUUUUAAUGAAAAUUGACCUGGAUGUUAUCUAACUGGCCAACAGUGAUGUAAGAUUCCAUUCACUGCAGUAUACUGAACAUGCUAAUGCCUGUCUGAAAUCAGUUUGAACAUACUAACAAUUAUUUAGUUGUUGACAGAAAUACGAUAAUUAGCCUGUUGUGUAGAAAGAACCCACAUAACAUGUAACAAAUAUUUAAUUUUCUUUGAAUAUGUGGCAAAUGUUGUUUAAUUUUCAUUGAAUAACAUGUUCAUUAUUGUAUUUGCAUUGCACAUACAAGCACACACAUGCACACAGAAACCCUCAAAAAAUUGUGUACAGUUUUACACUGAAUUCCAGUGGUUACCUGUUAAUGCACUCUGGUGACCUGACCGUAUUCACCCAGUUGCCUCAGCUUUUGUGUUAUCAACAUACAUGUUGAUUGUGCUACCUACCCACACUGUGAUAUCAGACACAAACUUAUUAAACAAAGCCUUUUCUGGCAGUGCACCUGUCAAUGCUGUACUGCCUGAUGACUUGCCUCCUGACUAUUACUCUUAACCUCCACCCCUGGCUUCCAGUCAGUAAACCCAUUUCAUCAUUUUAUGUCCCAUCCCUUACCCUCUAAUUUCCUCAAAUGCAAUAAAUAAAUAAAUAAAAUAAAAUAUCAUCAUGGGCUUACUGAACUCUAGGCACACGGUAUUCACAGGGCUCUUCAAGUCUACCUUGUGGUUCAGUAACUGAACCAUACCAAAAAUAAAUUGGGAAGGCCUCUGUUGUACUGAAUCAUGUUACCGGGCAUCAGCAAGACAAUCACUGUUCAUGAGUGCCAACAGUAUGGCCAGCAGAAUGUGUUUCCUGACCUCAUUUGGGAUAGAUUCUACCAUUGUUUAAUGAUUCGACCAUCCCCAUCUUCCAUUGCUGCAGUACCUCCCCCCUUCAAAAGAGUGACUGUGAUGUUCAGUUACUUGUUCUCCUAGAACCUCUUCCAUGUCUUCAACAAUCUGUGAAACAUCUCAUUCAGUGCUUGUGCCUAAUCUUUCCAAGGAAUCUUUCGGUUCUCCUGUCCUUCAUCCAUGUUCAUUUUCCAUAUUUCUCUGCAUCUAUAACUGUCCCGUAUUUCUGUGCUAACGCUGUGCUUCACCCCUUCCCAGUAAACAAUUUAGAAUGUAUUCAGUUCUUCAGCUUGAUAUGUCACAUUAUAGAUCCUACCUUUCCUGCAGCAUAGUGUCCUGCUGAUUUUUGCUAUGGUCUUUGUUGUUAUAUUUACCUAAUGAGUCAGGUUUCCUUAGAUUUGGAUGCCACAAAAGCAAGAAUAUAUUUAUAAUGUCUUUAUUAUAAUAACAACUAAUACCCCAAGUACUUUAACUUUCACAGUGCAACAAUAACUUAAUACUCCUCAAUGCUUCAGCUUUCAUAGUGCAGCAAAAAACACAUAACCACAGUACUUCAUCUUUCACUUUUCCAAGUGCAAAUAAUUUACACAUUAUAAAUAGAAUAUUUUACAUACAACUUGAAUGCAUUGUACUCCAUUGACCAGUUAUACAAUCAAGUAUUUCUUUACAAGUUCUGAGUUCAUUCCAAUGAGCAAAGAGAUGACAAGCCUACCGGUACAUUCCGCCAACUUUAAACUAACACCUAAAACAACAGUAAUCUUGAAAUAACUUUAUAUGCCAACACUGAAUAGUCUGAUCUUUGAUUUUAUUUUAAAAAGGUCUUAAAAUAGUACUUGUGCUGGAAUUAUUUUGAUAGCCCAAAUAUGUUCCAGAAUUCUGUUAUUUUUUUUACUCCUCUGUCCAAUGUAAUAUCCAUUGCAUAGAGUUCAGCCGAAACCUAAAGGAUGCAGCACUCCAACUCAGGGAUUUAUCAGUAUAACAUUUAUUUGUCACUCACCAUCUUCUAUAUACUGACUAGCAGAACAAUUGUCAUAUUUCAUGUCAUCUCUUCAUUUUCUUCAAUAACUUCUUCUGUAGGGCAUUUUAUCCCAUCCUGAAAAUUGAUUGCUAUCUCCUCACCAACCCCCAUGUCUUCUGUAUAAGCUGCGAACAGGUAUGAACAAUUCCCGUAUACCAUAUUGUGUUAAUACAUACUGCAGUUACUAAUUAAUUUUAUACCCAGGCUUCUGACAUUACGCAGUGUGAAAUAAUGAAAACUAGUCUAAAUAUUCACAUCUUUUAACUUGAGAAUAUGUGACACUAGGAACACUGUCAACAUUCAGUCACAAUAGUUUCAUCCAUCCAUCCAUCCUCAACUCCUUUUCCCAUUUUACACAUGGGGUUGGGGUGUCACUUCUGCACCAUGCACUCGCACACACACUGUCACUUAUGCCCAAUUUAGAGUGUCCAAUCCACAUACUGCAUGUCUGUGGAAUGUGAGAGGAAACCAGAGCACCCGGAGGAAACCCAUCUGACUGUAAGGAGGACAUGUAGACUCUGCACAGAAGGCAUUCCAGCUGAAAAUCAAACCAGAGUACUUCUUGCUGUGAGGCAACAAUGCUAACAGCUGCACCACAGCGACCACCCCACAAUAGUUUCAUCUUCUUCUUCUUCUUCUUUCUGCUGCUCCCGUUAGGGGUCACCACAGCAGAUCAACUGUUUCCAUUUCCUCCUGUCCUCUGCAUCUUGCUCUGUCACACCAACCACCUGCA